UUGGAACGUGGCCUGGGAGACGAAGUGGCGUAGCUUGGAAUCCGGAAGUGGUAGAAGGUGUAUGCUAAUGUUUCAGUUGUUUUCUGUAUUACCAGCUUAGCUAGGUUAGCUAACGUAAUCGUUGUAAUCAAAAUGGGACUGUUCGGAAAAACACAAGAUAAACCACCAAAAGACUUGGUAAAUGAAUGGUCACUCAAAAUCAGGAAGGAGAUGAGAGUGAUUGACAGACAAAUUCGAGACAUUCAGAGGGAGGAGGAGAAGGUAAAGAGAUCCAUCAAAGAUGCUGCUAAAAAGGGACACAGGGACGUGUGUGUGGUUCUUGCAAAAGAGAUGAUACAGUCGAAGCGUGCAGUCAGCAAACUUUAUGCCUCCAAAGCCCAAAUGAACUCUGUACUUCUCAGCAUGAAGAACCAGCUUUCUGUAUUGCGUGUAGCUGGCGCCCUUCAGAAGAGCACAGAGGUCAUGAAAGCCAUGCAGAGCUUAGUGAAGAUCCCAGAGAUCCAGGGCACCAUGAGGGAGCUGUCCAAGGAGAUGAUGAAGGCUGGUAUCAUAGAGGAGAUGCUGGAGGAUACCUUUGAAAGCAUGGAGGAUGAUGAUGAGAUGGAGGAGGCAGCGGAGGCAGAAGUUGAUAAGAUCCUCUUUGAGAUCACAGCAGGUGCCCUUGGCAAAGCGCCCAGCAAAGUCACAGAUGCCCUGCCUGAAAUGGAGCCUCCUGCGGCAGCCGCAGCCUCAGAGGAUGAGUCGGAGGAGGACAUUGAGGAGAUGCAGUCUAGACUGGCAGCCUUAAGGAGCUAAGAUUGACCUUUUGACCUCUUUUUGUCCCCUUAAAGCCUUUUUGCCUUCCCAAGGAUGUACAAAGACAAUUUUGGUCUACUCUAGGGUUUACCUAGUUUCUUCUCAAAUACAUUUAGUCUCUUUCUUUCACAUUAUUAUUUUUGAUUAGCUUUGGGCUGAGAACUUUUCAAUGCUUAGGGCUAAAUAACAUAUCAGAUCUAUUCUUAUGAAAGUUGGCUUUUAUGACCUUACAUAUAAGCUGGGUAAGCCCAUAAAUCACCCAAAGUGUGGUGACUGUAUACCCAACGUUGCAAAGAUAUAUAUGAAUCCCAAGAUCGCUGAAAAUAAGAAAGGCUCAUGCGUAUCUAAAGUGCUGAGUGUGGUCUGAUUAUUUUGGGGAAGCUGAGGCUUCAUCCUGCAAUUGGUUGGAUUAACUACCCACUGUGCACACACAAGUUGAAUCAAUGUUGUUUCCACGUCAAAUCAAUUAAAUUACGUUGAACCAACAUGGAAUAGACGAUGAGUUGACGUCUGUGCCUAGUGGACAGAGACUUACUCUGAGCCGGUCACUGACAUAUCUAAUCCGUAAUGGAAACGUCUUGCUCUGCAUUGCGAUAUUAAAUGAGUGACUCAUCACAUUUUAGUGUUCAUUAAACUUUAAUCCACGAUGUUAAUAACUUUAAUCCAUCACUACUCUGAUCUAGUUCAGAAAUCUAUCUAAAUGUAAUACAAUAUACACUGAGUAUACCAAACAUUAGGAACACCUUCCUAAUAAGGAGUUGCACCCCACCCU